AUGAAUGUCAUCAGUCAGUUGGCUAUUCUGAUCUGCGUUUCUGUUCUCAUUUACCUCUCUGUGGCAGAGGCACAACAGAGUGAGGACAACAAUGUUCCUGAUUUUGGAUGUACUCGUGAGUACAAUCCAGUGUGUGGAGAUGAUGGCGUCACAUACUCCAAUGAGUGCAUGCUACACUGGGAGAACAAGAUUCGUGGCAAGAAUGUCAGCCUGAAGCACAUAGGAAAGUGUGAGACUUCCUGAACUCACUGCUGUUACAUCUAUAGUAUCCACAAUGGCUU